GUCUGUGGUCCUGAGUCCAGCAACCUUGACAUCUGGAACAUCUCUGCCAGGCGGGUCGUCGACUCGUUCCUCAGCGGCAUCAACUCGGCCUUGUUCUCCUUCGGCCAAACGGGCUCGGGGAAGACCUGGACGAUGCAGGGGGACUGGCAAGGGAGUCUCUCAGAGGAGGGGAGGUCGAAGCUGGAGGUCGAAGGCAUCAGCGCCAUGGCUCUGAGUCACGUGCUGCAGACGUUGCACAGCAGGUUCGGUCACAGUGAGGAGAAGUGGGUAUGUGAGUGCAGCAUCCUUGAGGUCUACAACGACUCGGUCUGUGACCUGCUAUCACGUUCGACGUCCGACCUCUGCCUGAGGGACGAUCCCAGCAAGGGAGUCUGGGCGGAGGGGGCGACGACGCUGCGUCUGAGGCGCAGGGAGGAUGUGAUGAAGGUGGUCAAGACAGCAAGGAGCAGGCUCAGGUUCUCCUCUACCGCCAUGAACCUCCGGAGCUCGCGCUCCCACCUGGUGAUCACGGUGUUCCUGUACCUCGAAGACGAGGAGAGGAGCGCGGAGAAGAAGGAGGAGCGAAUCUUCAGACAGUCAAGGUUGACGCUGGUGGACCUGGCGGGGAAUGAGAAGGUGAGCAAGUCGGAGGCAUCAGGAAAGACCUUCCGAGAGGCCACGUACGUGAACAGAUCUCUCCUUGCCUUGGGCGCUGUCCUGUCGGCCCUCGCAAAGAGGACAGAGCAUGUUCCCUACCGAUCCUCGAAGCUGACGUUCCUCCUGAAAGACGCUAUUGGAGUUGAUUCAAGGAUAUGCGUCAUCGGUCAUGUCAACCCUGACGUCCAGAUGUGCAGGGAAAGCAUCAACACCCUCAACUUCAUGACCUUUGCCCAGUCGAUCCAGACGAACCCC